AUGGAGCCCAAUGGGAAGGAGGUUCGAGAGGGAUGGGAUCCAAUGGACAUGUCCUACAUGCAGCUGCUGGACGCGGCAGGGCCAACGGAAGAUGCGCCGGCCGAGGCCGAGGAGGCACCCCCAGAUCCUGGCGAAAUUAUAAAGAUUUUCGAGGAUGCCAAGGGCAAUUUGGACAUAUUGGUGGAUGUGGUAACGAAUCUGGAACGGAGUUUUAUUGAGGCAAAGCCCUUCAGCGCAGGAAGGCGUCCCGGUGUUAAGCGCGAGGACGCGGUUGCUAACAGUCUCCAGUCCCGAGUGGCGGCUACCAGCGGCAGCCUCCUUCGGGUGUCCCGGAGGCUGGCGGGGGGGGCAGAGCUGCUCAAGGCCCAUGUGGAGCGGGAGGAUAAGUUCUACCAACAACUACGGCAACUGCAGAUGUUCUGGAAGCAUGACGUCAUCGACAUCUUCUGCUUAUCGUUUUCUUUGCACUUUGCGCCCCUGGUCUCGUCUGGUCAGGUUCACCUCAACCCGCGGGUCGUUGACUGCCCCUUCAUGGUCGACAUCCUUGCCGCGGGUCAGGCUCUGACGGGCAACACGUACGAGUUGGGAAGUGGUUCGCUGUUGGUUCCAUUGAUGAAGGGCGACGGCGGGGCGCUGCGGGUGCAGGUCGGUGCGGUGCCGGGAGGGACGGGGGGGACGAUGGCGGCGAGUUGGUGGGGGUGUGGGGGUGUUCUGGGGUUCACAGAGGCGCUUGGGUUGGAACUUCCCCUGGAGCGACCCAAUGUGAACGACCCCAGCCGAGUGGGGGAGACGCGGCUUAACGGAAAGGGCGCCCGGACGCAGCUCGUGGUGGGCUCACGUCGCGUGCACGCCUUGCUGCUACAGCUGCAGCGGCGGCAGCUGUGGCGGCGGGUGGCGGCGGGGCUUGAGCGCGAUGCCGCGUCACAGGGACUCGUACAGGGAGGCGGAGCGGGGGCAGCAGCCGCCGGAGGGGCCGGCACCAGCGGUGCUACUGCCGCCGCCGCCCCCGCUGGCGGAGGCGGGGGUAGUGGCGGCGCGCAUCCCGUACACACCAGUUUAGCGCGACUGGCCGCACAGAACGUGCUACGGACGUCAGACCCCUCCCUAGCGGCGCUGCGACCCUUGAUGUUGGAGCAUCUGGUUGCGUGCCGUCUGCCGCCGCCGUACAAGCCGCCGCCGCCACGCCCCGCGGUCGGGACGCGCGGCCUGCAUCACCCGUACGGCGGCGCGGCGUACGGCGGCGUCCUAUCGUCGGUGCCGCUGUUGCCUGAUUUGGCAGCUUUGCUGAACCAUAUCGUAUUUCGCGAUCAUCAAAUCUAUCAUUUGGACCUGGAGGCCCAUGCGUUGCCGUACAUCACGCUGCGAUGGCGGUCCUGCAGCACCUCCUUGUUGACGUCAGCAAUGGAGAUCCGCGUGGGACCAAGUCACAGGGUGUUGGUGCUCGUACGCGACGGUCGUACCGAUGUGGAGGGGGUGGUGCAGGCCACGGGGCUGCCCUCCGCCGGCAGCGGCGCCGGCGGCAGCCGCUGGGUUCGCGACACGCAUAUGGGCUUCAGCCGUCAUGACGUACCGUGCGUACUCCGUGCCGUACUGCAAACGCUAGGCGUGCCGCUGGACCGAUUGCUGGGUGUAAGCGCUUUGUCGGCGCAGAAUUUGGCGCAGGCGCAGCAGCAACUGCCGUUAGCGUUGGCGGCACAGAACCACGGCGGUGGCUCUGGUGUACCGGUACUGCAUGGGCAGAUGCCGCCGCCGCCGCCGGUGCUGGCGGCGCCGCCAUCGGCGCCGCUGCUUGGGCGCAGUGGCGGCGGCGGCGGCGGCGGCCUCAGCCUAGCAGGUCAUGGGGCUCAUUUGAGGCAUCAGCCACCGCUACCGACGCCUCUACCGCCGCCGCAGCAGCAGCUGCAGCAGCUGCCAGACGACCUUCAAAGCCAGGACCAGCAAACACAAUACCAGCUGCAACAGCAACAACAGCAGCUGCAGUACGGCGGGCAAACACAGCCGCACCAAGACACCCACAGCUACAGCCAAGGCCAAAGCCUUCAACCAAAUCACAUGCAACAGCAGCAGCAGCCCCUGUCACCACCAGCGCCACCACCACCACCACAUCAACAACAACAGCAACAGCAACAGCAGGUAGCAGCAGCCACCUAUCAGGUUCACAUGCACGGGCAGUACCUUCCGCAGACCAUACAACAACAGCAACAACAACUGCAACAGCAAACGCCGUUGAAUCAACACCAACAGCAACAGCAGCAGCAGCAGCAGCAGCAACCAUAUCACCAGCACCAUGCGCAGCAUUUGGGGCCCCCGCAACUUCAACAGCAACAGCAGCCGCCAGCACCCUACCCUCAGCAGCAACAGCAACUGCAACAUGGCAUGCAGCAACAGCCGCAGCAGCCGUAUGGCGGCGUUGCUGGUGACACAUCCCGCGGGUUGGGGACAUUGGGGGGCAGAUCUGGAGCCUGGGGCCCGCAGGGUUAA